AUGAAUAAUCGACUUGGAGUAUUCUCAGCGAGACAAGUGGGACGAAAAACUUUAGCAAGUGGCUCUUCUGCUUACACUAGCUUAUUGUCUUCAACAACUGUAAGUACCACUGCCAGUACUACUCUUUCAUAUCAUGUUGCGAAGACGAAAGCAAGUGCUUUAAAAGUUGCAGCUUCAUGGGCAGCUACACAAAAAAGGUGGCAAGCUACAACUGUCAGCUCUACACAACUUCCAACGCCUCCUGGUUAUCCACCACCAAUAACACGACGGCAUCCACAUAAUGUAAUUCCGAUGGCAGAACCACUCGAAAAAACGUAUCCCGAAUUCGAUGAAUCUUUUAUUGGAUUAUCAGGCGGUGAAAUAUUUCAUGAAAUGAUGUUACGUCAUGGCGUUAAACAUAUAUUUGGAUAUCCAGGUGGAGCGAUUCUACCUGUGUUUGAUGCUAUUUAUAAUUCAAAACAUUUUGAUUUUGUGCUACCGCGACAUGAACAAGGUGCUGGUCAUAUGGCUGAAGGAUAUGCGAGAGCUAGUAAAAAACCCGGUGUAGUUUUAGUGACUUCAGGACCAGGAGCUACAAAUGUUGUGACUCCAAUGCAGGAUGCUUUAUCGGAUGGGACACCCUUGGUUGUGUUUUGUGGUCAAGUACCUACGUCGGCUAUUGGAACUGACGCAUUCCAAGAAGCUGAUGUGGUAGGAAUUAGUCGAGCUUGUACAAAGUGGAAUGUAAUGGUAAAAAAUAUUACCGAAAUUCCUCGUCGUAUCACUGAAGCAUUUGAAAUAGCAACAACAGGCAGGCCAGGUCCUGUUUUAGUCGAUUUACCAAAAGAUGUAACGGCCGCGAUUCUCACUAAAGCUAUACCAACACGAUAUUCUCUUCCAUUCCGGAAAUUUCAGGAGCCAUUCUUAACGUCACUAAACGAGAAUACCCCUAUUAGAGAUUUUAGUGAUCCUCUCAUCUGUCGCGCCGCAGAAAUGAUAAAUAAGGCUAAAAAACCAAUAAUAUAUGCUGGCCAAGGCAUAAUAGGAUCAACAUAUGGGCCACAAAGAUUGCGAGAACUUGCAACUCGUGCAAACAUACCGGUUACUACUACUUUGCAAGGAUUGGGUGGUUUCGAUGAAUUAGAUCCUCGUAGUCUUCACAUGUUGGGUAUGCAUGGAUCAGCGUAUGCCAAUUUGGCAAUGCAAGAUGCUGAUGUAAUCAUUGCUUUGGGUGCAAGAUUUGAUGAUCGUGUGACUGGACAUUUGAAGCAUUUUGCCCCAGAAGCAAAAAAGGCAGCUUCAGAAAAUCGAGGUGGUAUAAUUCACUUUGAUAUAAGUCGAAAAAAUAUUAAUAAGGUUGUUCAAGCACAUACUGCCAUUGAAGGUGACGUGGGAAAUAAUUUGGCAAGUCUAUUACCGCAUAUUGAAUUCGCUGAAAGGAAAGAAUGGUUCGCUAAAAUCGACGAAUGGAAAUCCAAGUAUCCAUGGUAUUACGCAAAACCGAAAUCGAAAAAUGAUCGUCUAAAACCUCAACAAAUAAUCGAAGAAUUGGAAAAACAAACACAAAACUAUAAGGAAAAAGUAAUAUUAACCACUGGAGUUGGUCAGCAUCAGAUGUGGGCCGCUCAAUUUUUCAGAUGGCGUUAUCCAAGUACUAUGAUCACCUCAGGAGGACUGGGCACUAUGGGGUAUGGUCUUCCUUCGGCAAUUGGAGCAAAAGUCGCUAGACCUGAUAAUGUGGUGAUAGAUAUUGAUGGUGACGCUAGUUUUUGUAUGACGGGUAUGGAAUUGGCGACAGCGGCACAAUAUAAUAUCGGCGUGAAGGUUUUGAUACUGAAUAACGAUUUCCAGGGAAUGGUGAAACAAUGGCAGGAUUUGUUUUACGAGGAAAGAUAUAGUGAGACGAGAAUGGUGAAUCCAGACUUUGUAAAGAUGGCAGAGGCCAUGCAUUGUAAAGCUAUGCGUAUUCGCACAGAAGACGAGCUUCCCGAAAAAAUGGCCGAAUUUCUGGAAUACAAUGACGGACCAAUUGUAUGCGAUGUCAUCGUGGAGAAACACGAACACGUAUAUCCAAUGGUACCAGCCGGAAAGGCUUUGCAUGAGUUUAUCGUGCAUCCAGAUUUAGCAUGA